AUGCCACCUCUAGACUCUGUACGAUGCAGCGGGGGUGUUGCACUCUAUAUUAGAAAUACAAUAGUAAAUGGCGUGUCGAUCGUGAGAAAUCAUUUUGACAGUAUUAUAUGGCUAAAAUUGGAUUACUCGUUCUUUCAGUUGGACAGUGACAUUUUUGUUUCUGGUAUUUAUUUAUGGCCAGAAAAUUCUCCCAUGUAUAAUUUAUUAGAUGUCGACUUUUUCACAUUAUUGCAAACUGAUAUUAAUGAUUUUCACUCACAGGGCAAAGUGUUUAUUAUUGGUGACUGGAACUCACGCACGGGCGCUCGUGCAGAUUAUAUUGUAUGUGAUCGUAACAUUGAUUUUAUUGACGAUGACAACUAUUUACCUGAUAUUCCCUUGUCACGUGACUCAGUUGAUAACGUUUGUAAUAUGUUUGGUUUAAAAUUAAUUGAGCUAUGUAAAUCUACGUGCUUGCGGAUUGCUAACGGUCGAUUAUAUAAUAGUAAUGAUUUUACAUUUACUUGUCAUACAGGUUCAAGUGUUAUUGACUAUUUGUUAUUGUAUAAUAGUGACAUGUAUUGUGUUAACGAUUUUACAGUCCACCCUUUUUGUGAAUGGUCAGAUCAUGCCAAGUUAUCAUUUAACAUUUUAUGUAAAACAGCAAUUGAUGUAAUUGACGAUGUGCAUAUUAAGAGAACCCAUGUUAAGUGGAACCCUGAUCUAACGGAAAAUUUCCGUAGAGGUAUUAUAGGAAAACUGCCGGACUUUAAUCGGGUUGUCAAUGAUAUUGACAAUAAUAAUCCUAGUACAAUAGACGCUAGCAUUGUCAAUUUUACGUCAAUUAUGCGAGAAAUCGCUGAUCCAUUAUUUAGUAAAACUAUAAAUCGUGUACAAUAUCCCUACAGUUAUAGUGACCAUAACCCACUUUGUAAACAAGCAGACUGGUUUGACCAGGACUGCCGCAAUGCGCGCAAUGCUUAUAUAAACGCAUUAAACAAUUUUUAUCGGGUAAAAUGUGUAGAAACACGUCAUGAUAUGUGUACGAAAAAAACAAUUUAUAAACGACUUAUUCGAAAGAAAAAGCGUGCGUUCGAAGCAGCGAAAUGUCGUCAAAUUGUAAAUUUACGUUCUUCUAAGCCCAAAGACUUCUGGCGCCUGUUUAACAAAAAGAAAAAUAAUCCUGCGCGUUCUAUCGAUUUGGAUGAUUUUUUUAACUAUUUUUCGUCUUUGCAGGAAGAUCUUGUAUCUGAGAAUGAUCUAGAAUCUGAUACAUUCUGUAAUGAUCACGAUUUUAACGAUACGUCUUGUACUUUCGCUGAACUGGAUUGUCCUAUUACAGUUGCUGAAGUUGAGUAUGCAAUUCGUGGGUUAAAAACUAACAAAUCGUGUGCGGGUGACAACUUAAUAAAUGAGUAUUUUAUACAAACUGUUGAUAUUUUGAAGUGUUAUCUGGUCGAUAUUUUUAAUGCAAUAUUAAAUACUGGUCACUUCCCUGCACAGUGGACAAAGGGUAUUUUAGUACCGUUAUUUAAGAAAAAUGAUCCUUCUGACGUAAACAAUUACAGAGGAAUCACUCUAGUAAGCUGUUUUUCUAAAAUCUUUACGAGCGUAGUUAACAAGCGUUUAAGCGUAUGGAUAAAUGAUAAUAACAUAGUCAGUGAUGCGCAGUUCGGUUUUAUGUCUGGAAGAUCAACUGUAGACGCAAUUUUUAUAUUGAAUGCUGUUGUAAAUAAAGUUUUGAAUGAUAAAGGUAGAUUAUAUUGUGGUUUUAUCGAUUUAAAGAAGGCUUUUGAUAGUGUUAAUCAUAGUAAUCUGUGGUAUAAACUAUAUAAACUAGGAAUCAAUGGCAAAUUACUUAGGAUAAUCAAAAAUAUGUAUGCCUCUGUUAAAACAUGUAUCAAGGGAUGUAACUCUUUCUCUGAUUAUUUUGAAUGCGUGGUCGGUCUAAAGCAAGGCGAGGUUCUCUCCCCUGUUUUAUUUUCUCUUUUUUUAGAAGAUCUUGAACUUUUUCUGAAUGAUGACCCGUCGUGUGGUUUAAAUAUUGAUGAAAUCCUGUUAGUCAUUAUGUUGUUUGCUGAUGACAUGGUGCUUUUUGGUAAUACUCCCGUUGAUCUUCAAUGCAAGCUUGACUUGUUAAAAUUAUAUUGUGAUCGCUGGGGUCUUAUUGUCAAUACUGAAAAAACUAAGGUUGUGGUUUUCCGUAAGCGAGGUAAUAUAAGACCUGACGAGCACUGGCAUUACGCGAACUCCUCUCUUGAAGUUGUCGAUAAUUUUAAUUACCUUGGCACUGUGUUUUCUUACAACGGCUCUUUUAAAGUAAACCAAGAUACACUUAUUGGUAAAGGCUUAAAGGCUUUAAAUAUUAGUGGCCGCUGGGAAAGACUGUAUCCUGCAGUUGGUGCAAAAGAUGGAACAUCACACAAAUUAGUUCGACCAAUGGAUAAGCCACAGAACAAUUCUAUUCUGGAUACUGUCACUUCCACGCUAUGA